AGCUCACUUUAUUCACAAAUGUCACUUGGUGGUAUGCGAGUUACAUGUUUGGGAGUUGGGGGCGUGGGAAAGACCGGAGUUCAGGUUGAAUGGUGUACGUUAGAGGUCUGGUUAUGCCACUGACUAGUCAAAACACCACACAGGACUUCUCGUUGUGAGCUUGGCAGGCUUGGGAAAGUGAUGGAUGGAUCUUCUGGACUAUCAGUGGAUGCAUGACACUAGGAUAAUAUACAUUUUGGAAAUAAACGCGUAAAAGAGUGUUGGAUCUGUUGUACUGGCGAGAUGUCAUGACCACCGCGCUGGUGUUUACAGGUUUGGUUGUGGGUUUGGCUUGUUUGUUCCAGUUCAGUGCCAUCACGAUCCUAUCCAACCUCGGUUUGGGCAUUAUGGCGUUCACCCUUCUCAUACGCUUCCUGUACAAAGGCCUGGAUCUAGUUCGACUCGGUGAUGGAUCUCACCCUUUCCAGUCAUACUUGGAUGAGGACCGCACGCUGACGGAUGAAGACACGAUCCGUGUGGCAGAACAAAUUGUUUUGGUGAUUGCCACGGCUGUGACUGGUCUGAAGAAGCUUUUUUUCAUCAACAACAUCUUGGACUCAUUGAAGUUUGUUGCAUUUCUGUAUUUGUUGACCUACGUGGGGAUUCAAAGCAAUGGUCUUACAUUAUUAAUGACUGGUGUCAUAUGUGCUUUCUCUCUGCCACUGCUAUACAAACUUCAGCGGCAAAGAAUUGAUAAGAUUGUCAAUGCAGUCAAAAACCUUGUUGCAAGAAUCACUGAAAUGGUUGAUCUUGUGGUUACACUGGUCAAAUCUCAACCAGCUCCGGCUCCAGCUCCAGCUCCUUCCUCCUCCACUGCAUUAAGACAGAAACAAAAGACAAAAUAAAGAGGAUGGAGAGAGAAAUAUGAGUUUGGAGCAGGAUGAACAAAGUCUUACUGUGCCGCUGUGGCCUGGCGUGUCACUCGGGUUUGUUAGGCAGGUUUGGGGCUUAUAACAGGCGUCAUGUUUUACAAUAUGUUUCUUAGAAUCAAAGUGGCAAUAUAUAUACAGUACUGUGCAAAAGUCUUAGGCCACCACCACCAGACUUGUUGUUUUAGAAGUUUUAAUGUCCAUCCAUAUUUAUUUUUCAAUCUAUUUUAUUAAGAUACAAAAAAUAAAUAAUAACAUUUUCAGGACUAAAUGUCUUCUUUAGGCAUCGUCAGUGUUUAGUGUGACCUCUCUUGGCACUAAACACAUCUUGAGCGUUUUUGAAGUAAAAAGAAAUUAGAAAUUAGGAUUUAAUUUUAUUUAGUUUUAAGAGAUCCUGCAGUUUCCUGCUAUUGCUCAAGUGGAAGGGGAGUUUACCCUAAAAACUUAACACAUCAGUUUACAUUUUAUACAGUUUUUAAUACUAUAUACACAUUUACUUUAUUUUCUGGAUGUAUUCUAUUAAAGAGACUGAGAAAAAUUAUAUAUGAUCACUAUAAUAUUGCAAAAACAACAAAUAUAAUUGUGGCAUGGUGGCUUAAGACUUUUGCACAGUACUGUAUAUGUAUGAUAUGGUCACUUUUUCUCAUUUUUUCUCUUUUUAGAACAAUAAACUUAUGGAGUAACUCAAAUGUAACUAUGACAAUUAAUUCGUGAUUAAAGAAAAUGUUAAAUAAAUGAAGCAAUAUUAUAUUAAAGCACCUUCAAAUUUUGACCUCUUGUGUAUACCGUUAAGCAGCAUAAAUUCAUCAAUAAAGCAUCAAUAAAGCCCAGCUGGAGGAAUGUAUGGCAAAUAUUUUGUUACUGUGCACUUUCAUUUAAAUGUAAAUGUAUUUUAUAACACCUUACAAUUAAACAGCUGAGUAAUA